AGGGAAGCGACUUAAUAAGCCUCGCCAACUAAAAUUAGCCAUAAAAUAAGGCAUCCGACUGGAUGCCAGUGAUCAGUGGCAGUCGAUCGCGCAGCGGGAAUAGUUCUGAUUUAAAAAAACAUUACGACUCGUAAAAGUAAAUUCUCUCCAACUAGAACAGGAUGUGUAGCAAAGGAUAUUAAACACCCAAAAAUAAAUACAUGUAAUGAUUUUUACUCGUAAAUAUAAUAGGACCACAAAUGAAUGAAGUGAAAUUUCCAAUAAACUUUUACGUAAACUGUAAUUUAUAAAAAAAUAAGACAAUCAAAUAAUAAUAAAUAAUUAAAGUGAAACAAUUGAAUUUUCGUACAAACUCCGAACAAAUUUAAAUUGAAGUUCGAGUGCAAUUUGAACUGAUCUGUUCGCAUGCACUGUCAAGAGACAUAGAUUUUGUCUUGCUUCAAGCGCUUGAUUGGCCAAUUAAUUAUGGUCUAAACAAACUCUAUCAUUCGGGCUAGAGAGACAGCGGUUGACAGUGCAUGUGGAAAAUUGCACCGACUGAAGGUUUUACAUACAACCGGGAGCUGGGAAUUCCAUAGAACCAACAUUGAAGCAAAUAAAAUGAUGACUAGAAGGGGGAACUUAAUGCUACGAGUAUUUUACGGAUCUUUGGUCUGGCUCUACUUGCACAUAGAUAUUGUGACAUCAGAUAUUAUCCAAUACGAUAAAUCCAUUUUAGAGGAUGCUAAUUUGCCGGCGCCAGAUCUGAUCAGGAAGUAUGGCUAUGAGGCGGAAAUACACAAAAUUACGACCAAGGAUGGCUUUGUGCUCACAGCCCAUCGCAUACCGAAGCCGGGGGCUCAGCCCGUUCUGAUGGUCCAUGGCCUGGAGGACAGUUCCGUUGGGUACCUCAUCCUGGGACCCAAGAAAUCGCUGGCCUACAGGUUAAGUGAUCUGGGCUACGACAUUUGGUUGCUCAACACGCGGGGCAAUCGCUACUCACGGAAGCACAAGCGUUACCAUCGAUAUAUGCGCCAGUUUUGGGACUUCUCCUUCCACGAGGUCGGCUUGUACGACCUGCCGGCCACGAUCGACUAUGUUCUGGCGGUGACCAAGGGGUUCCAACAGCUCCACUACAUUGGCCACUCGCAGGGGACCACAUCCUUUAUGGUGAUGGGAAGUGAGCGACCCAGCUACAUGAAGAAGAUCAAGCUGAUGCAGGCUCUGGCCCCGGUGGUAUUUUGUGAUUACGUUGAGUCACCCUUUGUCUUGUUUGCAUCGAAAUACGUCCGACCUUUGACCUUGUAUGCCAGAGCCCUGGGAAUAUACGAUUUUCCCCCGGAAGGUGAAGUGUUUCAACGACUGUUUUAUCAGAUUUGUAGCUUUGCCUUCAGGAACACCUGCAACUACUUCCUUUUACAGUUGAUGGGCGUCGAUGCCCAGCAAUUGAAUGCAACUCUCGUGCCGCUAUUUGUUCGACACGUCGCUGGUUCCUCGCUCAAGUCCCUGGGGCACUAUACCCAGCUGGUGCACAGCGGCGGCUUCUACAAGUACGACUACUACAGUACUGUGGAGAAUCGGCGCCGCCACGGCUCCGACACCCCACCGCAGUAUAACCUGGCCAAUGUCGACUGUAAGGUGGCCCUGUACUACAGCAAGAACGAUCUCCUUACCGCCGUCAGGGAUGUGGAGCGUCUGCGCGACGCGCUGCCCAAUGUGGUUCACGACGGCCUGAUUCCUUACGAGAAGUUCAAUCACGUUGAUUUCAUUUGGGCGAAUGACGUCAACAGCCUGCUCUACGAUGGAAUGGUAGAGGUUAUGAAGAGGUCCGAUGAUGGAGAGUUGUAGGGUAGGAGGGAGCCGCUUUUGCUAUGAUCUAGAUAGGGAUAGGGAAUUCGAGGCUUACCUUUUGAAUAGUAUCUAGUAUCUAAUUAGAGCAGUUAUACAUAUUAGUACACAUAUUAGCAAAAAAUCAUCGCAAGACUUUUAAAUGACAAUUAAAUAAUAUCAGAUAUCUAUUAAAUGACGAAAAUAUUCAAGUUCCAUGCUUAAAUAUAAUAUUAUAAUAUUACAUACAUAUAUUAUGUUAAUUGAAAUGAUUAAUAUACUGGUAUCGAGCCCAGCUUAAAUUUUAUGUGAACGGUGAGUAAAAUCGUCGCGAUAGACCUAGAUUUAAUUUAGUUUUAAAAUGUUCUUAAAACACUUAUAUUGGAAUCAAAUGUUUUGGCUAAUUCUUGACUUAUCUUGUUGCUGUGCAUUCUAGAGGAAAAACCAAAGUUACCAUAAUCAUCAAAAUAAAAUGGCAAAUAAAUUAACACAAUUACCACAAAAAU